UUUGAAAAUAACGGAAUUCAGGAUUUUGAGUUUAUGAACAUUGGAAACUAUGGAGGAAGAUGUCCUUUCCUCAUACUGUAUUCAGACACAGAAGAGGGGCAUAGAUCAUUUUUUGAUGAUACAACAAAGGGAGGUGAGUUAUCUCCAUCCGAAUCUGCAUCUUUUCUCAAGUUCAUUAAAUCUGUUGACCCUCAAAACGUGCUAGGAAAUCACCUGGAUGAGUUUCUGGGGAAUCCUUGCUUGUAUGAGGGGGAAGGUGUCAAAUGCAAUCUUCAGGGUACCUCCAUAGAGAAAAUAAGGGUUGAGAAUCUGAAUUUGAGUGGGGGAGAGAUUACUUUAAACUCAGAAAGGAAUAUGGAUUCAAAAUUCAAACCUUCAGCAGCAGCUGAUCCUAGUAAGGUUGAUUCUAAAGAGAAUCAAAAGUGGUUAAACAGCAUACCUUUAGUUCUUGGCAUUGGAUUGUUCUGCGUAUUCAUAUAUGUGGUGGGCCUAAAGGUGACCAGACAAAAGGAGAUUCAGAGGGCCAUCAGACAGAAGGCCAACCUGGACUCUCCUCUAAAAAUGCCUCCUGGUAUGGAGGUAGAGGAAGGGAGGGCAGAGGAAAGUCGGUCACAACUUGUUUUCCUUGUUGAAGAGGAUCAAAGGUUCAAACUGGAGGACCUACUUGAGGCAACAGCAGAUUUAAGAGGCGAGAGCAUUAGCAGCUGGCUUUAUCAGGUACAACUUAAGGACAAUGUUACUUAUGCUGUCAAAAGAUUGAAGAAAUUGCGGGUAUCAAUUGAAGAGUUUGGUGAGACAAUGAGGGAGAUAGGGAACAUGAAGCAUCCCAACAUUCUACUCCUUGUUGCAUACAAGUCCACUGAUGAAGAGAAGCUUCUGAUCUACCACUAUCAAAGCAAUGGAAGCCUCCUAAACUUUCUAGAAAGCUCCAUUGAAGGCAGGAGAGAUUUUCCUUGGAGACUUAGGCUGUCCAUAGCAAGCGGCAUUGCAAGGGGCUUGGCCUUUAUAUAUCAGAGGUUGGAUGAAAAGGAGAGCAUUCCCCGUGGAAAUAUAAAGCUCUCAAAUAUACAGCUGGAUGAUAACAUGGAGCCAUUAAUUAGUGAAUAUGGGAUAUCAAGAUUUCUAGACCCGAAGAAAAAUUCCCUCUUCUCCUUCCAUGUUUAUUCUGCCCCGGAGAAAAGUUUCACAGAGAAAGGAGAUGUUUACAGCUUUGGUGUUAUCCUACUGGAGUUACUAACAGGCAAAAAUGUAGAGAAAACUGGGAUAGACCUUCCUAAGUGGGUGAGGUCCAUGGUGAGGGAGGAAUGGACUGGAGAGGUCUUUGACAAGGAGGUUAACAGAGAUGCAAUACAAUGGGCAUUUCCUCUGCUGAACAUUGCCCUCAAAUGCACAUGACCUUCCCCUCAAGAUCGACCAACCAUGGCAGAGAUUGUAGAGGAGUUAGAGGAGGUUUCAAAUAUGCAUAAAGAGCAUUCUAUUUCUUCAAUGUCUUCUUGGGAAUCAAGCCAACAUGACUGC